AUGACCAACCCCAAUGAAAGCGCAAGUAAGCCUCUAGCACAAAGAGCUGUCUCGGAGCAGCCUGCUCAAGAAGCUCCCCAGUUGACCGUCGAAAAUGUUGCGGGGUUGGGAUUUGACAAUGAACUGAUUCGUUUCGCGGUAUUUCAUACGAGUGGAUCCAUUUGGGAGGCUGCAGAUGUGCUUCUAAGGUUCGAAAGCCAACCUUAUAAGGGGGAUGCAGUAGGACUUCUCGAGUUCGCCCUUUGGAUUGCAGAAAAUGACCAGAUUAAAGCUUCGAAGAUUCUUGCCAGAUCCCGUUCUGGUACUCCAGCUCGAUCUAAUGUGCAAAAAACCGCCGCAUCAAUCAGAAGUGUUGAGAAAAGCAACAAUGAGACCACGCAGAAGCAGUCCACUUUAGAGGAAGUUGUAGAUGGAGGUAAAAGUCAAAGCAAAGAGAUGGCGGAAAGUGCACAGGGGGCGUCCACUAUUGCGAAUGCCAUCGAAGAAGCCAAAGCUACGCUACCAUCAAACAAGUCGGCAAGUAUCGUUAGAUCCGGGGAAGCUCCAACUUCAAGUUGGUCGCCGGGUCUUCAGUCCCACCAAAGUAAAAGCAGACAACUUGCAUCGUCGUGGAAACAUGAUUUCAGGAGUGCCGCGCGCUUAUCUGCACAGAAGACGACGAUGACUGAGAGGCAGCACUUUCGAAUGAGCAAUAAUAUACAGGAUAAUAAAAUCCAGAAGGCCACAGAUCCGACCGACAGGAAGGGCAAGAUGGUCGCAACAGCAAUACAGACAGAAACCAUCAUUGCGACGCCGACGGUAUCGAGCCAUACUCAAAGCAAAGCAUUCACAGCGGCUAUGAAGAAAGAAGUAAUUGGCGUCAGAAUAGCCACAAGUGACCCGAAAAAGAGUGCUUAUGGUAGCGGUAUCAAGCGCAAGUUAGAAAUUGUCGAAAUUUCUGAUGAUGAUGGCGAUGGUGAUGGAGCUGCUGACGUCAAUAGACAUGAUUUGGUCCACCUGAAGGAAGGUAAUAACGCUACAGAAAAUAUUGCAGCAGAGGAUGCUUCCGCAAAGGGUGAUCUUACUGAUGAUAGCCUCACUGCCGAGGACUCAUAUGUUAAUAUCUACGAUUCUACAGACGAGCAAGAACCAAACUUUUCACCUCUCGUGAAUGAAGGGGUGUGGCGGAGUAAGAAGAUAGCAUGGGUAGACGAGUUGUUUCAAAAAUCCAAAUCUCAUAUAAGGGUCUCAGGUUACUCAUCUCCUCCUCAUCAUGCAAAGUGUUUCAAAAGAGGUCUUCAAGAGAAAAAAACGCUAGGCAUAAUUCGCAAAAGUUUCUUGGAGCUUGAAAGUAAGGCAUUCCCGGACCCGAAAAAAUGCAUUCUAGAGGGGGCGGUAGCAUCUGCGACAAUUGAGUUGAAAUAUGGCUGCUCACAUUGCUUAAUGAAUCAUAAGUGGUUGCUGAUCCUGGACGAGAAUCAUAUGCCACCCAAAGAGGGUCUACUAGCUUUGGAAGCGAAAUAUAUAUCGGAUGGUAGCUACUUGACGAAAAACAAGCUUUGUGGGAACGAGGCAUGUAGACGCCCAUCCCACAUUGUUGGGGAAAGCAAAGAAUUCUUAACAUCUCGUAGAAUAUGCCAAGGCAGCCGAGAAGGUAUACUUCGAAAUGGUCAUGUCUCGGAAGACAAAUGUGUCAGUGGUGGUGGACAUUAUCCAGAAUGUAUGGGAGACUUGACACUUUCUGAUGAAGCAAGCUAUAGAGCAUACAGAGCAUGUAAAGCUCACAACUGGAAAGGGUGGCACCAAUGGUCUGUAAUCAAGGUGAAAUGCGGUAAGAAGUUUGAGAAGAAGACGCGAAAGUACGAUAGCUAG